AAACGCAAAAAAAGCAAGCCACUUCCCAAAACUAACCUUCAACUCUGAAGCCUCUCGCACCACACUAGUGGAGUGGAGCCGACCUUUCCAGAGUUCCCCACCACAGCAGAAGCAAUGGCGAACCCUGAACAACAAGCCAAGCUCGAUCGAUUCCUUCAGUGGUUACAGUUGAAUGGGGUCGAACUACGCGGUUGCAAGAUCAAGUACUGCGAUUCGAACAAAGGGUUUGGCCUCUUCUUAUCUGAUGAUGUCUCUGAUGCGGUUCUACUAGUGGUUCCACUAGAUUUGGCUAUAACUCCGAUGAGAGUACUUGAAGAUCCUAUUUUGGGGCCAGAGUGCAGAGCAAUGUUUGAGGAAGGGGAAGUAGAUGACAGGUUCUUGAUGAAUUUGUUUCUAACUGUAGAACGCCUUCGGAAGAAUUCUUCUUGGAAGCCGUAUCUUGAUAUGCUUCCAACCACAUUUGGGAACCCGCUUUGGUUUACCGAUGAUGAGUUUUUGGAGCUGAAAGGCACUACGUUGUAUCGGGCAACUGAAUUGCAGAAGAAAAAGUUGCAUUCUUUGUACGAUGAUAAAGUAAAAAAUUUGGUGAAAAAGCUUUUGGUUCUCAACGAUGAUACAGAAAGUGAAGUGUGUUUUGAAGACUUCCUCUGGGCAAAUUCAAUAUUUUGGACUCGGGCUCUGAAUAUUCCUUUCCCACGUUCAUAUGUCUUUCCGCAAGUACAAGAUGAGCAGGACAACACCUUGCCUAGCUUUAACGGAAAUCCUGAGGCAUCCAUUAGUAAUAUUUCCAGUGGAGAGUUGGUUGAUGGAAAAGGGCUUGAGGUUCAUGGGGUGGAAAGCCAAGUCCCUGGAGUGACAUCCACUGUGAUACAUGGCGAGACUGUUUGGGUUGAGGGUCUUGUCCCUGGCAUUGAUUUUUGCAACCACGUUUUAAAGGCUGCCGCGACUUGGGAAGUUGAUGGAACAGGAUUGACAACAGGAGUUCCUUGUUCUAUGUACCUUCUUUCUGCUGGUCAAAGUCAUCUCCAAAUCGAGAAAGAGAUAUCUAUUAGCUAUGGUAACAAAGGAAAUGAGGAACUGCUGUACCUAUAUGGAUUUGUUAUUGAUAACAAUCCAGAUGACUAUGUCAUGGUUCAUUAUCCUUUAGAGGCUAUUCAGAGUGUCCCCUUUUCUGAAUCCAAAGUACAGCUUCUUGAAGCACAGAAGGCUGAACUGAGGUGUCUUUUACCUAGAAGCUUGCUGGAUCAUGGUUUUUUUCCACCAUCCACCCCACAGAAAGAAAGCAAUGAUAAAUGCACCGUUGAUCGGUUUUGCAACUAUAGUUGGUGUGGGCAGCGCAAGAUGCCUUCUUACGUAAAAAAGCUUGUUUUCCCCGAAGAUUUCUUAACUGCCUUGAGGACAAUAGCCAUGCAGGAAGAUGAAAUUUGUCAGGUUUCAUCAUUGCUGCAAGAGCUUGUUGGUUCUGAUGGAGAGAAGCAACCUUCUGAUGGAGAAGUUCGAGCUGCAAUAUGGGAGGCCUGUGGGGAUUCUGGUGCUCUACAAUUGCUCGUUGAUCUUCUUAAUAUGAAGAUGAUAGAUCUCGAAGAGAGUUCUGGAACAGAGGACGAUGACACUGAACUACUUAAUAAGGCCCGCAGCACAGAAAUCCCAGAAGAGAAUGAAAGUUGUCGGACAAAUGGGAUGAGUAAAAACAGGUGGUCGAGCAUUGUAUAUCGAAGAGGGCAAAAACAACUGGCCCGUUUGUUCUUGAAGGAAGCAGAGCAUGCCUUGCAUUUAGCUUUGACUGAGGUUGAGCAUACAUGACAUGGAAGGUGAAGGUGGAGGAGACCUAACUGGCUCCUAAAUUAGGGCAUCGAAGGCGAGAUUGACCGUCGAGUUCUCGUCGAUGAAUGCAUGAUCAGCAUUCUCGUGGACGCCUUCGUGGGUAUGGAUGUAGUCCAGAGCCAUUAGGGUUUUCUUGAGAAUAAAUCCGAAGACCGGUUCUGGUAAACCGCGUGGGAAAAUAGAACUCAUGAUGGAUUUGAAGGAUGAGCUCGGCGGCAUCAAUGGCAUGACUACCCAGAGAUGGUUUCAGUGGACUUGUAACAGAUUUUCGUGUCGCAAUUGUUUUGCCCAUUGGACUUUUCUGGUGAAGUUGAAGAUGUCUUUGACUUUAUAUGUAUCGAUAACUUCUAUUCCAACCAUGGCUUCUGCUUCUUCUGAGUCUGGUUUUGGUGACGGUAUUUGAAGGUACCAUGCCUUGUACAUAGUAACUCCUUCUGACAUGCCAAUGACGCUGAGAAUUUGGUAAUGUUUGGCGUCAGCAACAUACUCGUGUGGCGGCUCAGAAACUUCAACCUUCUCAUCCAUGGAAGCUUUUGUUUUUUGACAGGGCUUGAUUGACAAGCUCUGAGUAUUUAUUUUGUUUUCAUGUUUGGUUUUGUGUUCAUAUUUUAUAGGUUAUCUCUGUUGCCAAAUCCAAAAUUGUUUAGGAUAAGUUGUUGAGAGGAGGAUUAUAAAA